UACAUGUUCAUUGCCUGUAUCACCAAGUGACUAUUAAUUGUGCAGAGAGCACCGUUCAUGGACAUGAUGCUUUAAAUGAGCAAAAAGGAGGUCCACGCUCCAAGGGUCUAAAUUUCAGUCUAAAUUUCAAAAGUGGGAGGUGUAGAAGACGGUGGGAAUGGAAAUGAGGGAAGAAUAUAUUAUGAUUAAAAAUUAUUUAUAUGCUGCUUUUCAACCAAAAAGUUCUCAAAAAAACCCCAGCUCAAAAUAUUUAAAAAUAAAUAAAUGAUGGCAACAGGCAUUGCAGAGACACAGAAUGCUGGGAUCAACAGGGAGAGUUGCUCUCCUUCCCCUCCUAAAUACAGGAGCACUAUCACUUUAAAACUACCAUUCCUCUUUGGCCAAUUAGCAGCUACAGAUAUGUAGGCUUAGCUCAUUAGUGAAACCAAGGCUGCAAUCCUGCGCAGACCUGCUAGUGAGAAGUUCUGUCUAAAUCAGUUUGACUUCAUUUCAAGUAAACAUGUGUAGGAUUAUUCCUAAGUGAUGAUGAUGCAUGAAAUGACUUGCAUGUGUCAGUGAGGCACCAGAGCUAUAGCAGCACAGACUGUUGUCAUAUAACCUUAAAUGCUUUUCAGUUGAUGGUUUGCACACUGAACUGCCAGUCAACAAGGGUGGAGUAAAGAAGUAAAUGUAUAUCCCUGAACCAGGUCUGCGCAAUUCAAAACUGCCCUGGUUAAGCCAGAGUCAUUCAAAAGGAGCACAACGCUGUGCCAGAACUCUUCACUUUCUUCAGAAAUCUCUACUUGAAACAGAGGAAGAAAACAGGAAGUUCAGUGGAAAUCGCAUUGCUCAAACUCGACUGAUGCAUGAUUUGUUGAUGGGUGUUAAAGUUUCAAUGAUGCUGAUACAAAAAAUACAAGAAAAUAUUCAGGAAAAUAUUUGGAAGAAACUCGAUUCUCCUAUUUGGCAAAGUAUGUGUGGGCUGCUGAAUAGUUUUACAUGCUUCUUAGUAAAUGUAGACCUCUUACAGACUGUCCAGACUACAGCAGGAUUGGCUGUUGUUCUCUUUACUAAGACUAUGUUUGAACCAGCUGAAAAGCUCCCUUGUUUGAUCAGUGAUUUGCUUCUCGGCUCGCUGAAAUCUUCAGAUAUACCAGAAUGGUUCCUGGACAACUGUGGGAGUCUUUGUCUUGCUGAGAUUUCUGACUCUGUCCUCCUCUUCCUUUGCCAUGGAGCACUUGCCAUGUUGGAGUGGAAGAAUGGCAGCAUGGGCCAGAAUGGAGAGAAACUGCUCUUGGAUAUUGCAAUGACUUUGUUGAUAUUGAGUACACGGCUAAAAGAAUCUGUUAUGGCAGCUUCCUUGUCCAGAAUUUUAUCUGUGUGGACUAAUUCAGCACUGGAUGUUCUUCAGUCAAGUUCUGACAACCUGAAGUUCGGUCUCAAUGGAAACUCGGACAUGAUGGGGAAAAUGCUGGAUUAUGUGUAUGCACACUGGGAACAUCCUUUGGAUGCUGUUAGACACCAGACCAAACUCAUAUUCAAGAAUCUCCUCCAAAUACACCAUGCUACUGUAAAAGGAUCAGUUGUAAAACUAGACUCAUUCUUCUUAGGGUUGACUGAGAGCUUGCUGAGUUUAGAAUGGCAUGUUAAAGGCAAAUACUCAUCACUUGGUUGUCUUGUGGAAUGUGUUGGUGUUGAAAAUAUUCUGGCAAUGGAUAGGACAAUUCCUGCACAAAUUUUGGAUGCAAUGAGUGAUCAGUCUUUUGCACCUUAUGCGAGUGAUCUAUUGGAAACCAUGUUUAUGAAUCACAAGAGGCAUCUUACAUCUGUAUUGGAAGGAGACAAUUGGAUUGACAAUUGGCAUGAGACAUGGGUGUCUCCCCUCCUUUUAAUUUUGUGUGAUGGGAAUCCAGAGCAAGCUACCUAUGUAACAGAUUAUUACCUACCAAAAUUGCUGAAAUGUAGCCCUGAAUGUUUGAACUACAUGAUUAAAAUUCUUCAGACUUCAGCUGAAUCUAACGUGGGAUCUUGCAGUACCCGAGGUUCACUUGGAGCUUUGAUGGCAUGCCUGAGGACAGCUAGAGCCCAUGGGCACCUGCAGUUCACAGACAUGAUGCAUGGCAGCCUUGUAUCAGUUGGAUGUAUCAAACAGGGUCUAGUUCACCAGCAUGAUCAGGUGCGGAUAGAUGCUUUAGGUUUGCUUUGUGAAAGUCACCGCAGCACAGAAAUUAUCUCCAUAGAAGAGAUGCAGUUGAUUGAAUUUUUUAUUAAAUACAACCUGAACAGCCAGUCUCCAGCUGUGAGACAACAGAUCUGUUCCCUACUGAAAAAGUUGUUCUGCCGGAUAUAUGAAAGCUCCCAGACAGUUCAUAAAAUGCAGCAAAUGAAAUCCAAGCAAGGUCCAUUGAAGCAAUCUAUAAUGUGGGAUCCAUUAACAACUUUGCAGCAGUACAAGGAUUUCAUGUCAUCUCUCUGUGGCAUACUCUUUGAAGCCCUGUUUCCUGGUUCAUCCCACCCAACCAGAUUUAUUGCCCUAACACUCUUAGGAAUAAUAGCUGGAAUAUUUCCUAUUUCAGAAGGUCAGAGCCAGGAAUUGUUUCAGAUAGCUCAAGAGUUUGGUCCUACUCGUGUUCAAACACUACUUCACUGUUUUGCCAGUACUUUUGAAGAGGUAAAGAUCCUGGCAUUUGAACUUCUGAUGAAACUACACCCUGCACUGUCUUAUUUACAGGAUUCUGAAAAACUUCAGCCAUUGUUUCAAGUAGCAAUGCAACUGAGCACAAGUAUCAAGCCCUAUGACUGUGUGACUGCUUCCUAUUUACUGAAUUUCCUAAUACAUCGGAAAGACUUGCUGAAGGUGUGCUUUAAAAAUAAUCCACUUCUGGGCACAUUUCAGCCAGAUGAGGAUAUGUUUGCUCAUCCAGACAUAUCUGCUGAUCCUGUAGAAGAGAACACAUUGGCUGUUAUCAAGCACUUGUUGGAAACUGUUGAAGAAGAAAUAUUUCAAGCUGAGAAAUCUUUACUGCAAGCAGCUGCUUCAUUCCCAAUGUAUGGUAGAGUGCAUUGUAUAACUGGAGCUUUGCAUCAGUUACCAUUGAAUAAUUUGACCCGGAUUCUUGAAUGGAAGGAGAUUGUGGCUAAGCUUAUUCUGAUGUCUUAUAAGCUUUCUGCUGUAGUAUCUCCAGUAGUUCAGAGUUCAUCACCAGAAGGCCUUAUUCCAAUGGACACUGACUCAGACACUUCGGAGCGUUUGCAGUUGAUUCUGUGCGAGAUACAGCCAUGUGAUACAAAUAAUUAUUUCUCAGAAGUGAAAUUGUUGAAAGAACACUGCAGGAUAGACUGUGUGAAGGAGUCAGCUGAACACAUUUGCCCUGAAAAUAGAGGUAAAGAACAACAGACCUGUGAUGUAACAGCUCAAAUGGUGCUGAUAUGUUGUUGGCGAAGUAUGAAGGAGAUAUCGUUACUUCUAGGGAAGUUGUGUCAGCUUCUGCCUUUACAGAAUCUUUCAGGUUGUUCAGAUGCACUGAUCACAGUAGAGCAGGUGCAAGAUAUUGGGGAAUACUUCAAGUAUCAUCUUCUGAAGUCGAGGCACCGAGGGGCAUUUGAGCUAGCAUACGCUGGUUUUGUAAAGCUUACUGAAGUACUCUCAAGGUGUAAUAAUGAGAGCCUGAACAAGCUACCACAGUGGUGGCUGUACAACGUGCUGGAGGAAAUUAAAUCUAGUGAUCCUUCAUCUAAACUAUGUGCCACGAGACGCAGUGCUGGGAUUCCAUUCUAUAUCCAGGCCUUGCUUGCUUCUGAACCAAAGAGGGGUAAAACAGACUUGCUAAACAUGACAAUGAAAGAAUUGAUAUCUUUGGCUUCACCUUCAGGUGUGCUGCCGAGCACCGUUCCACAGGUUCAUGCUUUAAAUAUCUUGAGGGCUUUAUUCAAGGAUACUCGCUUAGGAGAAAACAUCAUUCCUUAUGUGGCAGAUGGAAUGCGGGCCGCUGUAUUAGGUUUUACAUCUUCUGUCUGGGCAGUGAGGAAUUCAUCUACACUUCUCUUUAGUACCCUGAUUACAAGAAUAUUUGGAGUUAAGAGAGGGAAGGAUGAAAACUCGAAAAAAAACAGAAUGACAGGGAGGGAGUUCUUCACUCGGUUUCCAAACCUUUAUCCAUUUUUGCUCAGUCAGUUGGAAGUUACAGCCAAAACGAUGGACAGCAAAACUGGGGAGUUGAAGCUCCAUCCGAGUUUGUUCCUUCUGCUUUUGAUCUUGGGUAAAUUAUAUCCUUCACCAAUGGAUGGCACAUAUUCUGCACUCAGUAUGGCACCCUUUGUCCCAUUUAUUUUGAGAUGUGGUCACUCUCCUGUGUAUCGUUCACGUGAGAUGGCUGGCCGAGCCCUUGUUCCCUUUAUUAUGAUGAGCCAGGUGCCACAGACCGUGUCAUCUUUGUUGACUGGGCUUCCAGAUUGUACUGAUCCGUGUGUGCGGCAAAAUGCUAUUCAUGGAACACUGCUACAAGUAUUUCAUUUGCUGCAGUCCUACUUGGAGUCCAAACACAAGGCUAAUUCAGACUUUCUGCAAGGGUUGAGAGACAUCAUCACUUGUAUUGAGGCCAAGCUAUGGUUGGCUGAGAGGCAAAAUCCUUGUUUGGUGACUAGAGCGACAUAUCUUGAUGUCCUUGUUUUGCUGAAUAAUUACCAUGGGAAAUCCAGAAUAAAAGGAACAGAAUUCCUCAGGUUUAGGGAGAAAAUGGGCGCAAUUAUAUCUAAUUCUGAACUGGCAACGGGUAUUAACCACUCUCCUGCAGUGCCAGGGCUUGCACAGUAUCUCCAAAGCAUCACCAAACUCUUCAUAUCUAUGUUCUCCAUGACUGCUGCUCCUGGAUUAAAUGUCCUUGCCACAGAGAAAAUAGUGAGCCCUUGUUUGUCAGUUGCUCAUCUGCUACAUUCUGACUUCCACGAAGUGCGCUUAUUGGUCUUAGAUGCAACUCUGCGGUGGUUGAAGCAAGUGAAUUCCAAACAUGUGACUGAAGAAGAAGAACGUGGCCUGUUGUGUCUACUGUCUGGUUUGGAGGAGAUUCUUCUUAAGAUCGCUGUAAAAGAGACGCAUCCAGAAUGUUUUUACAAGGCAUUAGAAGUUCUGCACUGUAUGGAUAUUGGAAUUGUGCUUUCAAAGUCAGAAGAUGCCAUAAAUAUGAACCAAACGGAUUUCUUUUGUUGGAUUAUGAAUAUUGUGGAUGCAUCUGACAGCACUGAAAUCCAAAGUAUGUCCCUUAAGCUUGCUUCAAAGUUGGUCAUCCAGCUUGUACAAAAUGGGCAAGAGGAGGUGAAAUCUGAGAUGAAACAAUGGGUUGAAAUCGUCACUUAUUGUUGUGGAGACGAACAACAAACAGAUCUCAGACUGGCUGUUGCAGAGAUUCUUGUGAGCGUUACACCAAUUUUCCUGACCAGUCAGAAGCUUUUCUUAGGUCUGUCCGAUACGCUGCUCCUUUGGAAAUGUGUGAUUCAGCUGCUGCAGAGUGAAGAGCAGAUAGUAAGGGAUACAGCUACUGGUGUCAUAAGACUGGCCCAGUCUCAAGAGAAUAUCUUUAGAAAAACAGGGCCUGACUUCCAUGUCGUCAAUGCAUCAAUGGCCUUGGAUUUAACAUUUUCCAUACUCUGUGAACUGCUACAGCAGUGGGAGCAGACCAGCGCUGGAGUCUCAAUCUUACUAGAGUGGUUGCUAGGAACAGAACUGGAGACUACAGCCUUGGUGGAAAAUGACUAUCCGUUUGACAAAGGACAAGCAAAUUUUUGGGCUGAGAAGUUAACAAAGGUGGGUCACCUCAGCAAACACCUCUUCCUGCUCAUACCAGAGACCCAUAUCAAUGUAUAUGAUCAAGGAAAGUUCCGCCAUUUGGCAAAAUUAGCAUCUGAUCAAGCCCAGCUUGUGACACAGCUUCUUAAAGAAAUGCCUCCAACUCCAGAAUUUUCCAGACCUGCAGAAUUCACAGAAUUAGGUAUUCGGAAGGAAAGAAUAUCUGUUUGUCUUAAGAUAUUGCAUUUGCUAAAAAUUGGAACUGAAGUUUGCAGAGAACUAGAGAACUGAAAACAUGAUUGCUGACCAUUUGUUUACUGCCAGUUGCAGCUAACUGCAUAGUGAACAAAGUAUGGGUGCACUUCUUGUGUCAGGAAAGUGUUGGGAACUGUAACAGUGCACAUUAGAUACCACUGCAUACUUGAAUUAAGCUUUCUGUGGAUGCACUCCCUCAUUUUCAGUCAGUCCCCGCAAGGUUUUAUUACAGCUACUAUAGGAAGUAAACCUGCUAGACUGUUACUUUCCACCUACCAGGUGCUGGCCACCUGCUGGUCCAGUUUGCUGAUUUUACUGUGUCAGUUGUUCAACCUGUUCUCUGAUGUCAGUACUUGGGAUUUCAUAGUCUCUUUCUCAUCAUGUACCAGGAUUCAUGCACAAGCAAUUAUGUACCUAAUGUAUGUGGAUGUUUUAAAAGCUGCUUCAAAUAAGUAAAACUGUUUUUUAUCCUU